CGGAUAGGUUAAUAUCCUAUACAUAGCAGUAGUAGUAUAGCUUGUCCGACUUUCCUGAGACUGAAAUUUCGGAGCAUAGUAUAAUGUCGAGCUCUGCGAACCAGAAGAUGGAGAAUGGGGAAGAAUUAAUAAUGAUAGCUGGACUGGUGUAGUUGGUCAACUUGUUAGACGGGAAGUUGAGUUAGUAGUCGGUCCACUCUCCAUUUCAAUGGAACGCCUCCAGGUGAUCGACUUCAUCUCGCCGUUCUACUACACAUACAAUACUGUUGUGUUCCGCUUACCAGAUCCGAAUCGCAAUAAAUGGUUGAAAUUGGUGGAGCCGUUUAAAAUUGAGGUUCAUAUUUGUCUUGCGGCUACCUUCUGUGUUAUAUCUGUAUUCCUGUAUACCAUCGAACAGUUUAAUCCGUUCUAUUUACGAUCUAGGAAAGUCAGACCGACUCUACAGGGUACAAUGCUCUACUUAUUUGGCGCCAUGCUGGCUCAAGGUGGACCAAGUUUAUCAGCAUCUGUGUCUGGACGAUCUUUAAUAGCCUGUUGGUGGAUUUUUUGCUUGAUAUCCGUGGCUACAUACAGCGGUAACCUCAUCGCAUCCCUUACUGUAAAUGAAAAGGAUUUACCGUUUGACACCCUGAAACAAAUGGUAUCCCAAGAUGAAUAUAAAUGGGGAACAGUUGGUGGAUCUAGUUAUAUCACACUAUUGUCAAAUUCAAAUUUAUCUGACUUCAAGAGAAUGUGGCAAGGAAUAGUUGAGUUUAACAGAACAGAUCCGCAGGUUUUGAGUCCAGAUUCGGAUGUACACAAACAUAAAGUAAUGACGGAAGAUUAUGGUUUUAUUGCUGAUGUACCUGCCGCACACAUGUGGAUGAUGGAAUCUUGUCAAUUCACAAUGUUAAAAGAAAAGUUUGUUCCUCAGAACUAUGCAUAUGCUGUUCAGAAAGGUUCACCGUAUGCAAAAUAUUUUUCCGAAGAAACCAUGAAAAUAUUGGAAAGUGGACUGGCGUUGAUUUUACAGCGUAAUUGGUGGCCUGAUCCCGGAACGUGUCAGGAGAAAUCAGCUUCAUCUAAAGUUAUAGAAUUACUGGACAUACAGAGUGCUUUCUAUGUUGUAUUGAUCGGUGUUGUCGUGGCUACCGUUACGAUGCUCAUAGAGAGCUGUUUCGUUAAAAAUGGCCCCGUUAUUAAGUGUCGGUUGCCUUGUUUUGGAAGAAUUUCCCCAGAAAAUUAAAUAUUGUAUUUUAUCUAUUCUUACUACCAAUGACAAGCAAGUCUGAAAUGUGUUGGAUUCUUUCUGCAAUUGUUAAAAAUGGCCCCAUCAUU